AUGGCCUCAGCUCCCAGCUUCCGUGGACACCAGUGGACUUACAACCCUGCCCGAGUGUCCUGCUUGCUCCUGCUGCUGGUCAUGUCAAAUGUGCUCCUGUGCCAAGGCAACGUAUGCCCGUCCUGCGGUCCUGACGUGUUUGGUGUCCCCUUGAAGUUCCUUAGAAAAACCUUUAGUCGUGCCUCCAUCCUGUCCCACGACAUGCAUAACCUUUCCACAAUAAUGUUCAAUGAGUUUAAUGAAAAGUAUUCCCAGAGUAAACCUGAGUAUAUCAAUGCCACCAAUGACUGUCACACCAAUGCCCUCCAUGCUCCUGAAGAAAGAGAAAAAGCCCGACAGAUGACCAAUGAAGACCUUACUAAGUGGAUACUCAUGUUACAGUACCUCUGGAGAGAUGCUCUGUAUGAUCUAGUCCAUGGCCUGCAGUUUGGGAAAAAUCUCUCGGAUACUAUCCUUUCAAAUGCCAGAGAGAAUUUUAAAAAAUUACACAAACUUCAAACAAUCAUAGAGAGGCGAUUCAGCCAGAUUGUUGUUCCAGUCAGGUUGAUGUUGGCCAAGGAUCACAUAUACUGGCAAGAACUCUCAUCCCUAGUGUCCAGCAAUGAAGAUAUACGUCAUUUUGCAUUUUAUAACCUGUUCAAGUGCCUGAGCAGGGAUUCACGUAAAGUUGACAUGUACACCAAGAUCCUGGCAUGCCGAAUCAGCCACGAGUGCUAA